AUGCGCGGCUGUCAGCGUCGUUUCCGCUCCGGUCUUCCACCCGUGCAGGAUCAGGGGUUUACGUUCGGUGUGGAGCUGCUUCCGCCGCGGCGGGCGUCGCUUACAGCGCCCUUUAUUGACGCCGUCGCGUUGCUGCGCCCGUACCAGCCGGCGUACCACAUUUUGCCCAUGAAGGCGCCGUACUUCGCGGCCGCGGGGCGCAGUGGCAUGGAGGACGCCGUGGAUCACGUGCGGCGGGUGGGUGGGCGCGUGAUUCUCACAGUGACGGCCACGAUGAGUGCCGACGAGGGCAGCGGCGCGGCAGCCACACGCGAGGGGGUGCGGCGUAUUCUUCACGACUUUGUGGGGCGACGCGGGGGCGACGCGCUGCUGCUGCUGCGCGGAGAUGUGGGGCGGCGAAACGACGAGCGGGCGUCUGCGGCGGUGCAGGAGCGGCACGGCGGCUUCCGGGACAGUGUCGAGCUGCUGCAGUUUGCGGCCGGCGAGGCGAGGGCGCUAACGGGCGCACCGGUCUUGCUGCUCUCCAGUGGCUACCCUCAGGGCCACCCAAUGGAGCGCAUCUGGGGCCCUGACCGCCAUGCGUCCCUGUCGUUCCUCGGCAAGCUCUCCGCUGCCGUGGGCGCCGCGGGCCCGGAUGUCGCGGUGGAUCAACCGCCCCGUGACUGGGACGCCGCGUGCGCGCAGGCGCGCAAGCUACUUCACCGCGUGGAGCUGGCGCUGCUCCUGCGCGAGGUGCCCUCGACCUUGCCGCGCGAAGCGGCGCAGGGUGCGGUGCGGACGCUGGUGCGUGAAAAAAUUCUGCGGCACGGGGUUCGCGGGGUCAUCACGCAAACGCUGACGGAUGCCGCGGAGUUUAUUGCGUACGUGGACGACGUGCACCGUGAGCUUCGCCGCGCCGACGCGGGAGGCUUGGCGCAGGCGGUGACGCUGCUGCCCAGCAUAGUGGCGCCCCUCACUGCGGAGGAGUACACGCGUCUGCUGCUCUUCACUAAGGUGAUACCCAGCGCCGCGGUGCAGCAGGCGCUACGCGAGUACCGCGACGGUCUGAGGGCGGCGGUUGCGGCAGGCCCGCGGCUGGGGGGCGGCGACGAGGGGCGGGCGCAGGAGUUGAUGGACACCACGGCGGCGCUGGCGCAGACCUUCCGCGCGACGCUGGAGGAGGAGACCGUGGAGUUGUGCCGCGCGGUCCUCGGCGCCGGGCACCGGUGCCUCAACUUCUCCGUGUUUAGGAACAGCAACCUGCCCGCCCUGUUGCGGCUGAUUGACCGGCUCCGCGGGGAGGCCCCCGCGGCGCCUCGCCUGCAAUGA